CGAGUAUACUACAAGAACUGUGCAGCGCUGGGCCCCGACGCCUUCCCGUGCAUCCGCCUCAUACGCCCAUCUGCUUCGGUCUUCUUCGCAGAAUGUUUCGCGUUCGCAACGACGCUGUGCACGGUGUCGCCGGCGUUCAACCCGGGGCACCGCCCUCUGCGGCACACACCGCGUCGAGAGAUGCAGUUGCAAGCCCACGGAGAUGCCUAUGCGUCGCAGAAAUGUUUGCUCCUCCAAAGCCAACUGCAGCGUCGAUGCUAAUGGAAAGGUGCUGCCCUUGAGCGCGGGCGUCUUGGUGGCAUGUGCGUGCUUGGGUCAGGCCUCACCAUCGCCCCGCAACAAUGGUCCCCGGACAAUGCCACUCUAUGCAUUCACACAUCCAAGCCACAAGUGAUACUAGUCCCUUGCGUCUCCGUCCUCGGUUGCCCGCAGUUCCGGGUUGUGGUAUCACUUAGAGCGUGCCUUUUCAAGAUGCCGCCGCCACGACCGGAUUCUCCCUCUCUCGCGUCGAACUCAUCAGCGUCGCCAUCCUCAUGAAGACAUGAAGAUUAGAGCCAAGGCAGUGCCGGCCUCGCCGCCUCCGGCCGAUGCUUCACUCCCUCUUGAGCCAGAUGCGUCCGACCAGCCAAAGUCAUCGUGGGCUAGCCUGUUCGCCUUCACCAAAGCCUCGCACCUGGCGCCCCUGACCGCGGCCGUCCUUGCUUCGGCAGCGUCUGCUGGGCUUCGAACCGCCUUUGCCGUCUUUGUAGGUCGCAUAUUUGACGUAUUCGCGGCCUUUGGAGGCGAUUUGCGAUCUGGAGACAGUGCUGUUCAUGACGUUUCGGAAUGGUGUCUGCUUCUUACCGGCCUCGGGCUGGGGAACUGGCUUAUCAACGCCUCCCUCCUGUCACUCUGGGUUGCUUUUGGAGAGCUUCAAGCAGAAAGUGCGCGCCGAAGCUUAUUCAAUACUCUGCUUUACCGUGACUUGGCUUGGUUUGACACAUCCAAACGCGCCAUGUCCAGUCUUCUUGUGACAAUGCAGACACAAACGCGAGAACUUCAGCUUGCGACAUCCCAAAUUCUUGGGCUCCUCAUCUGCGAUAUCGUGUGCGCCCUUGCUUCACUGAUCGUCGCUCUCUACCACUCGUGGAAGUUGACUCUGAUGCUCGUCGCUACCGUCCCCAUCUCCAUCGCCAUCUUGUCCGUUGCCACAAGGCGACUAGAUCCAGCUAUCCGGGCGCAAAAGGCACACCUUGAGACGGCCUCAAAGCUCACAUCUGCCUCCCUUACCGCCAUAGGGCUCGUCAAAGUCUACGAUGGUUGUGACCGCAGCGUUCAGCAAUACUACCGCGAGGUCAAACGGGCUGCGAGUCAGUAUCUCAUCCAGGCUCAGUGCAAUGCUUUUCAGCUGGGCUACAUUGGCUUCUGGAUCGUCUCCAUGUUUGUGGCCGGGUUCUGGUAUGGCGUGGUGCUCGUGCGGGAGGGCUUGCCGCCAGGCCAUGUCGUGACUACGUUCUUCGCCGUUCUGACGCUGUUCCAAGGAGUAGAGUCGGUCGCGCCGCAUUGGCUGAUUCUCUCCAAAGGCAUGGCAGCGGGCAGCUUCCUAUCCGACAUCUGUAAGAAGUCAAACUCGGACCCGCCGCUGGCCAACGCUGCCAGCGUUCGCUCGAAAAUUCGGCCUGGCCACAUGGUCGGUGGCAUUGAGCUGAGAGAUGUGAGCUUUGCGUAUCCAUCGCGGCCAGAGAAGACGGUUCUAGAGCCGUCGAGCUUCAUGUUCCCCGCCGGCCAAACGACCUUCGUGGUCGGCAAGAGCGGUUCGGGCAAGAGCACCGUUGCAAACCUCAUCGCCCAACUCUACAAACCACUUUCCGGGGAAAUGCUCGUUAAUGGGAUGCCAGCAGACGAGUUGGACCCUGACUGGCUACGCGAAAACAUUACGGUGAUUCAGCAGACCAGCAUCCUCUUCAACGAUACGCUCUUCAACAAUGUUGCCAUGGCCCACCCUGCCCCGGAGACGGUGCGAUACACAGAUGUCGUCAAUGCCUGCCAAUUUUCUCUGCUUCAGUCGCUUCUUGCCGAGCUCCCGGCCGGGCUCGAUACUCUGGUGGGCUCCGGGGGCUUCAACCUCAGUGGUGGACAGAAGCAAAUGGUAGCAUUGGCCCAAGCGCGGCUCAGAGAUCCUGCUGUUUUGGUCCUCGAUGAGAUCACCAGCGGCUUGGACAAGUUGAGGCGAGGCCUCAUCAUGGAUGGUAUCAGAGAGUGGCGAAAAGACAAGACGACCAUCAUCAUAACUCAUGACAUGGCGCAAAUCGAGGAGGGAGAGUACGUCUAUGUCAUGGAAAACGCUACAAUUGCCCAGCAGGGAUCCAAGAGUGUUCUUUCCGGUCUCACUCAUGGAACUUUUGCCGCAUUGUCCGGCGGAUCAGACGACGACGACAAUAACGACAACGACGACGGCGCAUCACAAAGUGGCAUUCAUCUCUCGAGGCUCUCUAAUAGUGGUGCCCGAAUUACGUCACCAACAUCGUCCUUCGACUCGUGUUCAACGUUCGAUGCCUAUGGCAACAGCCCAACGGAUUCAAGUCGAACGCUGCUUCACAGACCCCCGUCCGGUUGUUCCGAGUCUUCUUCGACAGAGAAGGAAGUCACAUCCGGUCUAUGGGAGCCGGAUACACCUCCUCAAAAGCCCAGACCUGCGCGACUGACGACGCUGAUAGAGCCUGAUGUGCGCCGUUUCUCGCAGUUUAUCGACGAGCAGUUCUCACUUCCUGAAUGUGAGCGGUCAAGGAGUCGCAGUGACGGAAUGCUGUCCCCUAUUCUUCGCGAAGGAUCGGAUGUGGAUCCCUUUGCAGAUAAGGGCGAUGGCAGAUGUAUAUUUGGUGCUUUCAAUCGAAGAAGCAACGUAUCUGCCCUGCGUCGCCUCGCGACACGAAGACGACUAGAGAAGCAGACGGUCCUUGAGGGACCUACGAAGCAGCACCCUCCAGACCCGAGCCUAACAGCAACAUUGAAGACUAUCUGGCCGAAUCUGGGGGUGUUGCAACGAUUUAUCGGCAUGCUCGGCUUCAUCACCUGCGUGGUCGGUUCGGCGGCUACGCCGGCAUUCGGGUACUGCUUGGGUCACCUCGUGGGUGCCAUGUGGUCAUCUGGCGACAAGAUCGCCGAGGGACGGCGAUGGGCCUUGUACCUUAUCGGCAUCGCCGUUGUGGAUGGCCUUUGUCGGGGUGGUGGUCGCUAUCUCAUGGAGAUGGUUGCACAGGCGUGGGUGGACAAGGUCAGGGUCGAGGCGCUCAACAGGAUCCUUCAGCAACCAAUGCCGUGGUUUGACGACAAGACCAACUCGCCGAGCCGCAUUAGCGAGGCUCUCGAGCGGAGCCCAGAAGAGAUGAGAGUCAUCGUGGGACGCUUCAUUCCAAUUGUCCUCACCGUCGUCGGAACCGUUUCGAUAUCUGUCAUCUGGGCCAUGGUCAUCUCUUGGCGGCUGACGCUCGUGGUCCUCGCGACGCUACCAGUCGUCUUGGGCGCGGUCAAAGGGUACGCAGUGGUCAGCACAAAGUGGGAGGUGCGGUGCAACGACGCUGCCGAAGACUCGAGCGCCGUGGCCACGGAUAUCCUGCUCAACAUUCGCGUCGUGCGGUGCCUGGCCAUGGAGGACCGCCUCACGCAAAAGUACGACGUGACGGUCAGGCGCACGCUGGGCCACGGCCUGAGACGCGCAGCGUACAGCGGCCCGCUCUUUGGCCUGUACCAGUCGAUGGGUUGCCUGCUUGUUGCACUCAUCUUCUACUACACCAUGGUGCUCCUGGCGGCGGAUUCAAGCACCACAGUGACGAGUAUGCUCGGCGUGGUCAACGUCCUGGUCUUCAGCAUUGGCAAUGCCUCGGACAUGUUGAGCGGCAUACCGCAGCUGACUGCGGCUCAGGCUGCCGCGACGCAGCUCCUUAGGUAUGCAGGGCUGCCCUUGGAUCGACAAGGCCACGAGAACUUCUCCCGGAAGCUCCACGCGGGACCCCUUCCCGUGACGAUGCGCGGGCUCACGUUUGCCUACCCACUUCGGCCCCACGAACCGGCCCUCAACCAAGUAUCCUUGGACAUCGACUCCGGAGAGUGUACCGUCAUUGUUGGACAGUCGGGAUGCGGCAAGUCGACCGUCGCUUCCCUCCUUCUCGGCUUGUACGAACCCUCGCCGGAGCGCCACAGUGGCGGCUCGGCACUCACGUUCUGCCAUGUCCCCCACGGCGAAGUCGACAUGCAAAGCCUUCGCUCCCACGUGGCCUACGUGCCGCAGUCGCAGUUCGUGUUCCCCUGCAGCAUAGCCGACAACAUCACCUAUAGUCUGGCGGCGGGUGCGGAGUCGCCGAGCGAGCGCUGGGCCAGGAUCGUGCGAGCGGCACAGGCAGUCAACAUGCACGACUUCAUCGUAUCCCUCCCGCAGGGCUACGACACCAUCGUCGGGGACGGGGGGCUAGCGCUUUCGGGCGGGCAGGCGCAGCGGCUGUGCAUCGCGCGGGCGCUCAUCCGCCGCCCACGACUCCUCGUCAUGGACGAGCCCACGAGCGCCCUCGACGCCGAGAACGCGGCCACCGUCCGUCAAAUCAUCCAAGACUUGGUGCGGGGCCGGUCGGAACUGUGCAAGUCGCCGACGGAUACCGGUGGUGGUGCCUCCUCGCCCCAUCAGACCGAUGACAUGGCCAUCGUGCUCGUGACGCACAGCAUCGACAUGAUGCACGUGGCAGACAAGAUUAUCGUCCUCGAGAAUGGCAUCAAGGUCGAGGAGGGGGCGAGCGUACAGGAGCUGGUGCAGGCAAACGGCCCUUUCAGCCGUCUGAUGAGCGGAGGAAUCUGGAUGGAUGGCGGCGAUGCCGCGGUGUAGCUAGCCAGGAGGCGACGUCGGAGGAAAUGGGCUGGCACUCACGAAUUUUACGACUUUCUCACGACUGCAUUCCCUUGGAUUGGGCCAAGAGGUCUGUAUCCUAACGAUUUCUACCCUCUUUUGACAGGAUAUGGAUGGAAACUUUGAUUUGCAGGCAGCACUGCGAACAGUUUCGUCUUUCCACUGGGCCAUCAUGCCUCUACUCUAGUCAGGCUGCCGUUGCUCAGAAGCAGGCACUUUAUCGCCCUCAAAACGUCGACCAAGUUUCGACCAUAUAUGCAUG